GCUAGAAUCACGAUCGCCCACAUUGGGAUCUCAUCGCCAUCUCAUCUAAUCUAGCUUCCGACGCUAUGCCCUCGGUCCAAUCGCGCCAUCUAUGCCCGCUAUUGCCAAUUGCUCUUCAGUGAUUCACAACACGAGGGCAUUCCCAUCUUCUUCUUCCUCGCACGAUAGCAUCGCCAGAUUUCUCCAGCAAAAUGGGAGUUCUGUGGAUUCUCUCGCUCAGCUCAUUCGAUCGUGCAGGGGAGAUCUCUCACAAACACGGAGAGUACACAGCUACAUCCUCGCCGGCGACGCUUACCGGUCCGACCGCCAUCUCGCGAAUUUGCUGGUGGAAAUGUAUGGCAAAUGCGGGAGCCUGGACGAAGCCCAGCGAGUUUUCGAUCGCCUGGAACGCCCAAACAUCGUGUCGUGGACGAUUCUCAUGGGAAUAUACACGGAAAACAGGGAGAUCGCCAGAGCGAGACGGGUCUUUGACCAAAUGCCCCACAAGGACGCGGUGGCCUGGAACGCGAUGAUCAAGGCAUAUGCCCAACUUGGGCAUCUAGACGAAGCAAAGGUCGUCUUUGAUCGAAUGCCUGAUCACGACGUUUCAUCUUGGAACACUUUGAUUGCUGCAUAUGCGCAAAACAGCAGUGUUUACGAAGCCAAGCAGAUCUUCGACACCAUGCCCGAUCGAAACGUUGUCUCCUGGAACGCGAUGCUCGCAGCAUUUGCCCAGAACGGGCAUAUCCACGAAUCGAGAAAGCUCUUUAACGCGAUGCCGCAGCGCGACGUUGUUUCUUGGACCGCGAUGGUCACGGCAUACGCUCAGUGCGGAAAACUGCCCGAGGCCACUGCGAUCUUUGACACCAUGCCUGAGAGAACCUUAAUCGCUUUCACUGUUCUUAUCGCUGUAAAUGCCCAGCAAGGGCAUCUUUUCCAAGCAAAACUUCUCUUUGAUCAAUUGCCACAGCAGGAUUCUCACACCUUGACAGCUAUGAUCACCGCGUAUGGACAGUCCGGUGAUGUCGUACGGGCCCAAAGACUCUUUGACCAGAUGCCCAACCCGAACGUCGUCUCUUACACCGCUCUCGUGGCGGCAUAUGCCCAAGCAGGGGAUAUUCUCUCGGCUCGACGAAUUUUCGACCGGAUUCCCCGUAGGGACGCGGCGGCUUGGAAUGCAAUGGUCUCGGCAUAUGCCCAAAACGGGCAUCUGGAGCAAGCAAAGGAUUUCUUUGAGAAGAUGCCCAGCCGUACGGUGGUCUCCUGGAACGCAAUGUUGGCGGCGCUGUCGCAGUACGGGGAGCUCGUUGACGUGGAGGAGACAUUCUCCAGGAUGCCGGAGAGAGACACGGUGUCGUGGAACACAAUGAUGGUCGCCUACAACCAAAACAACAAGCCAAAGUCCGCGAUCUUUGUCUUCAAAGCCAUGGAUCUCGAAGGCUACCGCGUGCUCGACACCACACUCGCAAUCGCGAUCGACUGCUGUGCCGGAUCUAAUGGCCUUGCUGAUGGCAAACUCCUCCACUCGAUAUCAAUCCAAAAGCGCUACGAGACUACUCCAAUCGUCGCCAAUGCCCUCAUCCACAUGUACGGGAAGUGUAGCACUCUUGAAAACUCCAAACUCUUGUUUGACAAGAUGAGCUUCAAGAAUGAAGUUACUUGGAACGCGAUGAUCUCGGCGUACGCACAAGCCGGGCUUGGAAGCCAAGCAAUGGAGCUCUUCCACACCAUGGGACUGGAAGGGGUCUCUCCAAACGAUAUAACUUUCCUGGGAAUCCUCUCGGCCUCGGCGUACGGAGGAACCUUGGAGGACGCGUGUUACUACUUCGAAGUGCUGACCCGUGAGUACGGAAUAGCCGCGAGCGUGGAUCACUUCACUUGCUUGAUCGACUUGCUUGGCAAGGCCGGACAGUUGGACGUUGCCGAGAGGUUGAUCCAGUUGAUGCCUUGCAAGCCUGACGCUGUCGCCUGGAUCACGCUGCUUGGAGCUUGUAAGAUCCAUGGCGAUGUAGCCAGGGGACUGAGAGUCGCGGCACGGGCUUUCAACUUGGAUCCUCAGCAAAAGGCGUCUUAUCUGCUGCUGUCCAACAUUUAUUUCCAGGCCGCCACUGGAAGAGGCGUCAACAAAGCGUUAGCAAACAGAUUGCUCAAAAGAACUGGCCUGGAGCUCUCAAGUUCAGAGAAGAAGGAAAUCGGCUAGAAACGCUUUGGAGGCGUGUCCGGGUUUCCUGAGAGAAGCACGCAAGAAGAAAGAAAAUGUAUGAAAUAUAACCAGAAUCAAAAGAAAAAAGUUAAGUCCCUGAUCUGAAAGAUGCCGUCCGUGUGUGAAUCACAUAUCCAUUGGAGUCGCCUCGGCCGGUGGUUCUUCUGCUGCUCCUGCACUGGGACCGGCUUCACCACCACCGGAAGUAGACGCGGGAUCCUCUGGAGCUGCUUCUUUGGCUUCGGCUUUGUUGUCCUCCAAGGUGUCGAUGAAAGAUUGGAGAGUCUCGCC